AUGCCCUUCUCAUACGAUAAUUGCAGCCAGAUUCCCGGCCCUCUUGAAGCGUAUGGGGACAUUGCAGGGUUAGGUGUAAAGAUCGUUGACAUCAUCUGCCGGGACGCUCAGGUUGUGAUUGGGUUCGCCGGCAGCGCGUGGCUGACGGUCCUGAUCCUCGUCGCCUACUACGCUUUCGCCUUCGAUCCACUCGCGGACCCUUUUGAGGGCACAGGCAGACAGAACAAACAGAACAAAGCCCCUUACAUCCCGAACCCGAUGGAUCUGUUGCUGGCUAGAUACACCAAGUACUUGCGGAGACGUCAAAAUCAAAAGGGAAACUCAGUUGAAAACGCAUUUCACAAGGUUAGCUUCUGA